UCAUCUCUUAAUCACAAAAGAUUGAUAAUUCUGCAGAACCGGUGUGUGAAUAUGAUAGCCCACCUCUUCAAUGCUCCUUUUGGGGAAACUGAGACUGCUGUUGGCGUGGGUACCGUGGGAUCAUCAGAGGCAAUAAUGCUGGCAGGUCUAGCUUUUAAAAGGAAGUGGCAGGCGAGGAGAAAAUUAGAGGGCAAACCAUAUGAUAAGCCUAACAUUGUCACUGGAGCCAAUGUGCAGGUUUGCUGGGAGAAAUUUGCUAGGUACUUUGAGGUGGAGCUGAAGGAGGUAAAAUUGUCAGAGGGAUAUUAUGUGAUGGAUCCUGUGAAGGCAGCAGAGAUGGUAGAUGAGAACACCAUCUGUGUUGCAGCAAUUCUUGGAUCAACCUUGACAGGAGAGUUUGAGAAUGUGAAGCUCCUAAAUGAACUGCUUGUCAAAAAGAAUAAGGAGACAGGGUGGGACACGCCAAUUCAUGUUGAUGCUGCCAGUGGAGGGUUCAUAGCCCCUUUCCUUCACCCUGAGCUGGAGUGGGAUUUCCGCUUGCCCUUGGUGAAGAGCAUAAAUGUUAGUGGUCAUAAGUAUGGGCUUGUCUACGCUGGUGUUGGCUGGGUUAUUUGGAGAAGUAAAGAGGAUCUGCCUGAUGAGCUUGUCUUUCACAUCAACUAUCUUGGAUCUGAUCAACCCACAUUCACCCUCAACUUCUCGAAAGGCUCUAGUCAGAUAAUUGCUCAAUAUUACCAGUUUAUACGGUUGGGCUUUGAGGGUUACAAAAAUAUCAUGGAAAACUGCACUGAGAAUGCCAGAAUGCUGAAAGAAGGAAUAGAGAAAACAGGGCGAUUUGACAUUGUCUCCAAGGAUGUUGGAGUGCCCCUGGUAGCCUUCUCCCUGAAAGACAGUAGCAAAUACACAGUGUUUCAGAUAUCAGAGAAUUUGAGAAGGUUCGGGUGGAUCGUCCCAGCUUACACUAUGCCGCCCAAUGCCGAACACAUCGCCGUCCUUCGGGUAGUUAUCCGAGAGGAUUUCAGCCGGACUCUGGCUGAGAGACUUGUUACAGACAUAGACAGAGUUUUGAAGGAGAUGGAUGAAGUCCCCUCCAGCCAUGUCUCCGCCAAAGCUGCUCAUGUCACAACAACUGUUGAUGAGACACAAGACGGCAAUGGAGGCAGAAAGCGCGUUGAAAAGAGUGUAAGAGAGACUCAGGAGGAGGUAAUUAACACCUGGAGGCGAUUUGUGGCGAGCAAGAGAACUGGAGUUUGCUAGUCCUCAGAUUUGUGUCUUAUGCAUGCUACCUUUACCUUGUAAUAUUUAUCUUUUCUUUUUCCCUAGCUUGGGACUGGAUACAGACAUAUGUUAUUAUUUAUUGCUGUGUGGAUU